AUGCGAACAAAGCCAAACCAACCUUCCAUCACCCUACAAACAACAGCCCAAGUCAAAAUGCCAGAGCUAACACUAAACAUACCAUUCCAAACCGCAAAACAAGCAACCAUAGCCAAAAACUCCCUUAAACCGGACCCCGUAUUGAAAACAAGCGAAUUAAAGAUUGAUUAUGAAGCAGAAGAAAAUAUUCUUCGAUGCAUAUUUUCAGGAAUUAGUGAUAGAGUGAUACGAGUGUCAAUAAGUAAUGUAUUGGAUAAUCUCAAAACUGUUAUUGAAUGUAUUGAUGAAUUUGAAGGUAAGAAAGACAGUCUAUGGGAAUUAGACGAAGUUCAAAUGAAUGGAUAA